AUGAAUUCGACAUUAUAUGAUAUCAAUUCAUCACUAGGUAUGACACAUAUAUCUGAAGCCAUAAUAGAAGAGAAUUCUAAUCAACCAUUAAUAACAACAAAUGAUAUCGAUACAACUAAUGAAGAAAAACAUCUUUUAUCCAAUCAUGAUAAUUUAUCACAAAAUAAUAGUGAUAAUAUGCCAUUAGAAUCAUCAAAUAUAGCUAAAAAACAACAAUCAUUAAUAUCAGUUUAUGAUAAUUCGAAUGAUGGUGAACAACAAUUAAAACAACAAAUAAAUCAAAAUUCUUUACCUUUAAUUGGUAUUGUUGGUCGUAAUCGACGUUCACAAGCAUUUAUGAAACGUAUUUUAUUAUCUGGUUUUCCAAAACCAAUAUUAUAUGAUAGAAAUUCAAUUGAAAUAGAUUCAAAUGAAAAAUCUAAUUAUGUAUCAUAUGAAACAUUUUGUAAACAAUCACCAUCAAUUAUUCUUAUAACAGAUAAUCAAAUAAAUAAUAUUGAAGAUUUUUUUAAUGAAAAUAAACAACAAUUAAUAAUUGAUGCACGAGAAUUGAUUAAUAAAUAUUUUUCAAAAAAAUCUUCUCAUUUAUUAAUAUCUAUACCAAACUCCUAUCGUGCUUUUGGAAAUUUAUCAAAUUGGGAAAUUGAAAAUGGUACACAACGUGUCGGAGUUGCUGUUGAACAAGGAUCACCAUUAAAUUUAAUUAAAUUUAUUCAUGAUUUAAAUUGUUUUUCAAAUGGAAUUUAUUUUCUUGAUCAAUAUUCAUAUAAUUAUGAACAAAUAAAAUCAUUUCGUAAUUGUUUAUUUCCAUUUGUAUCAACAAUAAUUAUAUUUAGUAUAUGUUUUAUUUUAUCAAUGUUUGAAUAUAAAAAUAAUCAGAAUUAUUAUUAUUCAAAUUUAAGUUUUUCUCAAGCAAGUUCAAUAACAGCAUCAACAAGUGUAACAUUACUUUCAUUAUUAUUUUUUAUAAGACCAAUACUUGAAUUAAUUGAUUUUAUUUAUUUAUUCAUAUUAAAAAAACAAAAUCGAACAAAUGUUGUUCCACAUUUAACAUUUGUACAACGUUGGCUUCAAUCACGACGAUAUUUAGCAUGGUAUUCAUUAAUAUUUGCUUUUUUACAUUUAAUCUUUUUAUUAUUUUCAAAAAAUGAUUUCAAUCAACGUCUACUCUUUUUGCCUAUCUUUUUUGGUUUAUUUACAUUAAUACUUUUAUGCAUUUUAUCAUUUGUUUAUUUUCCAUGGAUAAGUGAACGUCUUUUAUGGCGUGAAUAUCAUUUAUUAACAGCAUAUUUAGGACCAUUUUGUCUAUUAAUUGCUUUUAUUCAUGUUUAUAUUAGUUGGAAACAUGAUGAUUAUUAUGCACAGCGAAAAUAUUUAUUUAAUUUAAAAUUUCUUUCAAUGUUUUUACCAUUGAUUGUAUUAUUAUUAAGUUUUAUUAUAUAUGGAAUCAUUCAUCCAAUAAUUAAAUUGAUUCAAUGGAAUAGAAGUCAACCAAGAAAAACUAAGACAUCAGAAAUAACAACAAAAGACACAUCGCUUUUACCAUAA